GUGUCAACAUGGCAGACUUGUGGCAAGAAGUGAAACGUCUACAAGCAGAUUUCCAGCGAGCGCAGCUAACAAGUGCAAAACAGAAACUAUCAGAAAGAAAUGUUGUUGAGAUUGUAAACAAAUUGGUGGAGUUGAAGUUAAUUGAAGUGAUAUAUACCAUCGAUGGCAAAGAAUACCUCACCCCUCAGGAGCUGGCUAAAGAAAUCAAGGAUGAAGUUAUGGUUCAUGGUGGAAGAAUUAAUUUGGUGGAACUACAGCAAAUCCUGAAUGUUGACUUCAGACAUGUGGAAAGUCAGGUCAAUGAGAUGAUCAAACAUGACCAUAAUUUGUUGACGGUCCUUGGUCAGCUUAUUUCCAGAAGUUACCUCGACAACCUAGCUGAGGAAGUAAAUGACAAACUCCAGGACCAGGGUCAUGUGACUAUAGCAGAACUGACGACCUUGUAUGACCUUCCUGCUGAUUUCCUGUCAGAGCAUAUACAUGAACGAAUGGGGAAAAUCAUUAAAGGGAAAGUGGAUACACAUGACCCAGAUGUCAUUUUCACAGAUGCCUUCAUCACAAGAAUGAAAGCUCACAUCAGGGGAGCGUUCAGUGCCAUUACAAGGCCUACUACAGUUGGUACUGUACUACACAGAUAUGGAUUUCAGGACAGACUUUUCUUCACUAUCAUGGAAGAGCUGGUUAAAACAGGACGACUGGCAGGAACUGUGAGUGGGGUCAGACAGGAAAAUGCUGCCUACAUCCCUGAUAUCUAUACAAAGACACAGAACCAAUGGGUUGAUGCAUUCUACAAACAAAAUGGCUAUUUAGAAUAUGAUUCCUUGUCUCGUCUUGGAAUCUCAGACCCAAAAGGAUUCAUCAAGAAAAGGUUCAAGUCUGAGCCUCUGACAUAUCUAAGCACCUGCUGUGCUGGAGUUGGAAUCAAGGAACAGAUUGAGGCUAGUGUAGAGGAAGCUCUCCAGGACAAUUCCUGGGUCAACAUCAUGCCCCUGCUUCCAUCCAUAUUUAGUGAGAAAGAUGCUAACCAGCUUUUGACAGAGUGUACCAAACGGUUCCAGUUGGCUGUGGUCAGCUGUGACACCAUAGUAUCAAGUCAGCAAUUUAUCACAGGCUUUGCUGAACACUUCAAGGAUAUUGUGGCUUCUAGAGCUGAAAAGGAAUCAAGAAACAAUCCCAAUGUCUUCAAACAGACUGGUGAUUCCCAGACUGGUAAAAAGUCUUCAACCAAACUGUCUGGCAUGGACGAUGGAGGAACUGGCCGUGAGGAGAGGAAAGAUCAGAGGAAGAAGAAAGCACAAAGUAGCAACAAGAGUGGAGGAGGAACACAGGGUCGGGAAGUGAAAACCAAGUCACUGAAGAAGAAAGGGGCUAGAGGACGAGGAGACACACAUGAAGAUUCUGAUGAUGAUGACACGAUGGGAGGGAAAGGGAAACAGAUAGAAUCUUCUUUUAUGUCUAUAGAGGAAAUGGAAGAUGUUUUACGAAAACAGACAGAACUACGGGACUGUCCAGACGAGUUCCUCACAGAGAUUGCUCGACACCUUCAUAGACCAUUAACAAAGCAGUUUCAUGAGCUGGCAAAGUCUAUAUUUCUCUCACAGUCUGGAUCAGGAUCUGGAGCCAGUCGUAAAAAGACACACGGAGAAUUACAGGAGAAACUGUCUGGACUUUGGACUAACUGUAAACUGUUUGAGAAAGGAAUAAUUCUUUUUCAAGAUGAGGGCCAGGCACAACUUAUUAAACACUUACUAAAGACACUCUGCAGUGACAUAGCCAAUAUGGUGAUCAACUCUUUUGCCACUGAUCACAUGGUAUCCGUACUGGAGGAAACAGAAAUAACCCCUGAUGGCCGAGCUAAAUUAAUCAGCAAAAUGCCAGAAAGUGUACAACCCCCGCUAACGAAGCUGCACGCUUCCUUAAAUGGAAAAUGUCUUGAAGACUUCUUUUCGCUCCUUGAGAAACUCUGUGGACCAGAAAAUUUAAGUAUUAUUCUCAAGAAACCAGACAAAAGGAAGGAAAGACAACUUGUGUUUAACCACCGCCAAGUAUUGCUGGAGCAGAUGAACGAGGAGUCGGAUCCUGCCAUGGCCCUCCAUUUGGCUGCUGUCCUACUCUUCCAGACCUACACACAAUGUCUGAUUCAUGCUCCUGGCAAAUCUGUGCCCCAGAUCAUUGUCUUCCUCAAAGAGCACAUGGACACAGAACAACAUAAAGUAUUGGUCACGCUUCAAGAUUUAGUGGUAAAACAUUUGAAACUGCAAGGUGAAGAUACAGAAGAAGAAAAAGCAAAAUUAACUACUGAAAUGAAAGAACUCCUCCCAAAAGUAAAGGAUAUUGCUUCUAAGACAAAGAAAACAACUGCACAGAGUGAUACAACCUCAUAAAAAAAACCCAAAAACGAGUUACUGACUAAUGGAUAUUAUCAGGUAUUUGUGCAUAAUUAACAAAGAACACAUUGUGAAGUAUAAAUCAGGACUGGAGCACUAUGGUAUUAACGGAGACCUGAAGUAUAAAUCAGGACUGGAGCACUAUGGUAUUAACGGAGACCUGAAAGUGAUAAACUACUUCUAGAUCUUAACAAACAUUAAAUCUUGAUUUCUAUUUAUUUACUUAUGUGGAGGUAAUCUUCUUAAGUUGCAUUUUCGUGAUUUUCAAAUUUGUACACUUCUGAAUGUGUAAUAUAUGGUAUAUUGCAAUACCAUAUGCAAACAUAAUGGUUGAUUUGGUAAUAAAAUCUAUUUUGUCUAAAGGAAAAAA